AAUUGUAUAUAAUGUAAAAAUCUUUGGUGAUGAGGGUUUUCUAGAGAUAGAAAUGAAGGGAACUAUAUGUAAUAAAUCUCUAUCUGAACAAUUUUUUCUCUUGCAGAUUUGUGGCCACUUGUUCACAUGUUUUCCAGAUACAAUGAGGCACACCAGCUCUUGGAAACUUUGGCUUUGGGUGGCAGUCCUCCUGCUUCCUGCUUCUGCUUCCAUGACGGUCAGGGACAAGCCAGAAAAACUAUGUCCUAUACUGAGAACAAAUGGAUAUCAGUUUAUACAAGGCAGCGGAGACAAACUUGAAGUUUCAGGUUUUGAUCUAGGAGAGAGUUUUUCUCUGAGGCGUGCAUUUUGUGAAGGUGAUAAAACUUGUUUCAAACUGGGAAGUGCACUUCUUAUUAGAGAUACUAUUAAGAUAUUUCCCAAAGGCCUUCCUGAGGAGUACUCUGUAGCAGCCAUGUUUCGUGUUCGAAGAACCACCAAAAAGGAACGAUGGUUUCUAUGGCAGGUUUUAAACCAGCAGAAUAUGCCACAGGUUUCUAUAGUCAUUGAUGGUGGAAAGAAGGUGGUGGAAUUUAUGUUCCGUGCUGCUGAGGGAGAUGUGUUGAACUACAUCUUUAAAAAUCGAGAACUCCGUCCUUUGUUUGAUCGUCAGUGGCAUAAACUUGGCAUUGGUAUACAGUCACGGGUCAUUUCACUCUAUAUGGAUUGCAAUUUAAUUGAAAGACGGCAGACUGAUGAGAAGGAUACUGUUGACUUUCAUGGAAGGACUGUAAUUGCUGCACGAGCUUCAGACAGCAAGCCUGUGGAUAUUGAACUUCACCAACUUAAAAUCUACUGCAACUCAAAUUUUGUAGCUCAGGAAGCAUGUUGUGAUGUAUCAGAUACUAAGUGUCCAGAGCAGGAUGGCAUUGGAAGUACUGCAUCAUUAUCAGUAACCGCUCAUGCCAGUAAAAUGUCAGCGUAUUUGCCAGCAAAGCAGGAACUUAAAGACCAGUGCCAGUGCAUUCCAAACAAGGGAGAAGCAGGAUUGCCAGGCGCUCCAGGUUCACCUGGUGAGAAAGGCGAUAAAGGAGAGCCGGGUGAAAAUGGUUUACAUGGUGCUCCAGGCUUACCUGGUCAAAAGGGAGAGCAAGGUUUUGAAGGGGGCAAAGGAGAAAUUGGCGAAAAGGGUGAUCCAGGAGAAAAAGGAGAUCCAGGUCUGACUGGCAUUAAUGGACAAGACGGUUUGAAAGGUGACUUGGGUCCUCAUGGUCCAUCUGGCCCAAAAGGAGAAAAGGGAGAUAUGGGACCUCCGGGACCACCAGCCUUAACUAGUUCCCCGGGGAUACAAGGCCCCCAAGGUCCACCUGGAAAAGAGGGUCAGAGGGGAAGGCGAGGAAAACCUGGACCCCCAGGAAAACCAGGACCCCCAGGACCGCCUGGUCCUCCUGGGAUACAAGGAGUGCAACAGACUUUUGGUGGAUAUUACAACAAGGGAAACCUUGGUGAACAUGGGGCAGGUGGCCCAAAAGGAGAAAAGGGUAAAAAUGGACAACCAGGAUUUCCAGGGUCUGUUGGCUCUAAAGAACAAAAAGGAGAACCUGGGGAGCCUUUUACAAAAGGUGAAAAGGGAGAUAGAGGAGAACCUGGGACAAAGGGAUCACAGGGCAUAAAGGGUGAACCUGGAGAUCCUGGCCCCCCUGGAUUAAUAGGAAGCCCCGGACUAAAGGGUCAGCAAGGACCUACAGGUUCUAUGGGACCCAGAGGACCACCAGGAGAUGUUGGAUUGCCAGGAGAACAUGGGAUCCCAGGAAAACAAGGCACUAAAGGAGAAAAGGGAGAUCCAGGUGGGAUUAUAGGCCCUCCUGGGCUUCCAGGUCCAAAAGGUGAGGCUGGUCCUCCAGGGAAAAGCCUGCCAGGGGAACCAGGAUCAGAUGGAAAUCCUGGAGCACCUGGCCCACGUGGGCCAAAGGGCGAAAGAGGGCUGCCAGGUGUUCAUGGCUCUCCCGGUGACACGGGCCCACCAGGGGUAGGAAUUCCUGGACGAACAGGCUCCCAAGGACCAGCUGGAGAGCCAGGCAUUCAGGGUCCUCGAGGUCUCCCUGGGUUGCCAGGAACCCCAGGGAGUGAUGGAGCUCCAGGAAAGGAUGGAAAGCCAGGCCUGCCAGGCCCCCCAGGUGACCCGAUUGCACUUCCUCUCUUGGGAGACAUCGGUGCCUUGCUCAAGAACUUCUGUGGCAAUUGCCAAUCCGGUAUUCCUGGACUGAAAAGCAACAAAGAAGAUGGGGGUGCUGGUGAGCCUGGGAAAUAUGAUUUUACAGCCCAGAAGGGCGAUACAGGACCCCGGGGUCCUCCAGGAAUCCCAGGCAGAGAGGGACCAAAGGGAAACAAAGGAGAGCGGGGCUACCCUGGGAUACCUGGGGACAAAGGUGAUGAGGGUCUUCAAGGAAUUCCAGGCAUUCCAGGUGCUCCAGGACCAACUGGACCUCCUGGCUUAUUGGGAAGAACUGGACAUCCUGGUCCUGUGGGAGCAAAGGGUGACAAGGGCAGCGAGGGCCCCCCUGGGAAGCCCGGACCACCCGGCCCACCUGGUGUACCAUUCAAUGAAGGAAAUGGAAUGAGCAGUUUAUAUAAAAUCCAGGGAGGUGUGAAUGUUCCCAGCUAUCCAGGGCCACCUGGUCCCCCAGGUCCAAAAGGCGAUCCUGGCCCAGUGGGAGAACCUGGUCCAAUGGGGUUGCCAGGACUAGAAGGAUUUCCAGGUGCAAAGGGAGAUCGAGGCCCAGCAGGUCCCCCGGGAAUAGCUGGGAUAUCGGGAAAGCCCGGUGCUCCAGGCCCUCCAGGAAUCCCAGGGGAACCAGGUGAAAGAGGACCUGUUGGAGAUACAGGUUUCCCUGGACCAGAAGGACCCUCAGGAAAACCAGGAAUAAAUGGAAAAGAUGGAUUACCAGGUGCUCAGGGCAUCAUGGGGAAGCCUGGAGAUAGAGGCCCCAAAGGAGAACGAGGUGAUCAGGGAAUUCCAGGAGACAGAGGCCCACAAGGUGAACAGGGAAAACCAGGCCUUCCGGGCAUGAAAGGAGCCAUAGGUCCUGUGGGGCCACCAGGAAACAAGGGCUCUACAGGAUACCCUGGCCACCAAGGCCCUCCAGGCUCUCCAGGCAUCCCUGGCACUUCGGUUGAUGCAGUUUCAUUAGAAGAAAUAAAGAAGUAUAUUAAUCAAGAGGUCCUAAGGAUUUUUGAAGAGAGGAUGGCUGUGUUUUUAUCUCAGCUCAAGCUACCAGCAGCAAUGUUGGCUGCUCAAGGUCAUGGGAGGCCUGGUCCACCAGGGAAGGAUGGGUUACCCGGGCCACCAGGAGACCCUGGACCCCAAGGCUACCGGGGACAGAAGGGUGAAAGAGGUGAACCUGGAAUUGGGCUGCCAGGGAGCCCUGGUCUUCCUGGGACUUCAGCCCCAGGUGUGCCAGGCUCACCAGGUGCUCCAGGUCCUCAGGGCCCCCCAGGCCCUAGUGGAAGAUGUAACCCAGAAGAUUGCCUCUAUCCUGUGUCUCAUGCCCGGCAGCGGACAGGUGGAAAAUGAACAGCACACCUGAGGAAGACUUGGUUCCUGGUUUUGCCUCCUUGCCAUUGGAGCUAUCUUAAUACUGGCAAACCCUCAUAAUAUGUGGGCUUUUUUUUUUUUUUUGGUGUAGG